UGUCAUUUUUCUUCAAAUAGGAAAGAGUCCAUUUCUGUUGCAGAUGAAAUUAUUAGUUGUCUGUGAUGGGGAUUUAGAAGAAGGUCAUAUAUUCCUACUGAGACAUGGCAGUGCUACAGUAUGUAAUGCUCAAGCCAAGCAGCAGAACUGUGUCAUCAGGCUAAUCCAUGCUGGGAUGCCAAUAGUGUCCUUCACACCAUCCCUGGCUGUUAGGAAGGCCAAGGACAUGCUUGUUGGCCUUGCAGACUCGGGCGCCCAGGCUUACAGAAGGCUUGUCCGUGCCAGGCGGAUGGUAGAGGCAGCCAAUCCUAGAGAAUACGAAUAUAUAGAAGGCAGCAUACCAGUGGAAUGGGACGCUUGGAUCCGAGGCAGACGGAAGGAGCCCCCCUCCAUCGAGGAGCUGCUGAGGAAUGAAUCUUACAGGGAGCAGAUCAAAAUAAAAGCUGAGGAAGUGGAGGGAAAGGAUCUGGCUCUGCAGGCCAAGGAGUAUGAGGAAGGUCUGGUGGCGACCCCUACAAGGACUUUGACCAAGGGACAUGCAGCCACCACCAGCUUCGGCAAGGAGGAGAUAAGCGAAGACCCCACCAGCACCGGGAACACGUUCCAGCCUGGCUCCUGGAUGCCCAAUUCCAAGAAAUAGACAGAGACAUCCAUGUACACUGAGACCACUGUGCAAUGUAAAAAUCCAAUAGAAAAUCCCCGCAAUAAAUACUACCUCUGUGAAAGUGAUAUUCCAUUUUAGUUGAGAAUUUGAUAUUUAAUCUUCGACACACCUCUCAGUGUACUGUGAUCUAAGUCCACAACAGAGGAAGUAUUUAUUUUGAGGCUCUUUUAUUGGACUGUAUUACAUUAUACGAGGGAUUCUAAUUUUCCUUUUCCUCUCUGUAUAUUAAGCAUACAGAAAACAAUAAACAUCACACAAUGAUUUAAUGCAGGUGAAAAAUCUGUUAAGAAAGGCAAGAAAAACUGGUGGUUGUAUUUGCAGUAGUGAUUACACCAACUACUGUGUUUGAUGUUUAAUGGAUAUCUUAAUAAAGUAAAAUCUAAUAAAU